ACCGAUAUCAUUCACAGUUCAGAACUCGUCGUCGAGCGUUAGAAGCAACCUCUAAGAAAAAAAAAAACAAACCAACUCAAAAAUGGCUUUCUUCAAAACCCUUGUCUGCGUGGCUUUCCUCGGAGUUGCCGCCGCUGGUGUUGUCCCACUGGCCACCGAAUACAAGGGAGACUACUACUCCCACCCACAGUACUCCUUCAACUAUGGAGUCCAUGAUGGUCUUACCGGAGAUGUGAAAUCGCAGGUUGAGAGCCGUGAUGGUGAUGUUGUGAAGGGACAGUACUCCCUGGUUGAACCCGAUGGUUCCGUCCGCACCGUCGACUACACCGCCGAUGAUGUCAACGGAUUCAACGCCGUCGUCUCCAAGUCUGGUCCAUCGGUCCAUGCCGCCCCAGCCGUUGUCAAGACCGUUGCCGCUGCCCCAGCUGUCUACGCUCAUGCCGCCCCAGCUGCCUACGCUCAUGCCGCCCCAGCUGUCUACGCUCAUUCCGCCCCAGCUGUCUACUCUCAUGCUGCCCCAGCUGUGUACUCCCAUGCCGCCCCAGCUGUCUACUCCCAUGCUGCUCCAGUUGCCUACGCUCAGGCUCCAACUGUCGUCAAGACCGUCGCUGCCCCAGCCUACUACUCUCAUGCUGCCCCAGUUGCCUACGCUCAUGCCCCAUCCGUGUACGCCGCUCACUCCCCGGCUGUCUACGGACAGGCUUACGCCCCAGCUCACGGUGCCGUCCACUACCACUAAAUUUUGCCAUAACCCCAGAACCCACCUCAGCAAAUCUCCCGGAGCUGCUAUCCAUCGCGGACCUACUGCCAAAUAUUAUUUAUUUCAACAUCCCUUAAAUCUAUCCCCCACCCAUAAUUCCCCCUUAAACUUCAACAAACCCUCACCUUGCCGCCGGGUUAGCAACUUUUCGCGAGCGACUGCAGCUUUCGAAACAAUGGACAACGGACACAAAACUCUCAAUUGGAAGUGUAUGUAUAUAGUAUAACGACGCACGAGAAAAAGGGCGCGAUCAAACAACGAGGCAACCUACUAACGCCUGCCACCGGUUCUGAAACGUGAUUGUACUUUGCGUUCUAUCUAAUCUCGAUUGAUUUGCGGACGCGCCCAAGCCCCCACCCACCACCCGACGGAUGCACUCAGCACCGAUAAGGCGACGACGCAUCCGUCUGAGUUGAUGAAGGCCGGAAUUGGCGCGCGACGUGCAACUUUUACAACAUAGAUUUCCCCGACUGGGUCGAACGACGUUGCCCGUCGACGGUCCAACCGGAAAGAAGAUGCACACAAACACAGACAAACAAUACUCAUGUGUACACAUUCAAUUGGAUGUUUUUUACUCCCGUUAGCUUGAACUUUGAAACGACGAAAAAGGACCAAUCAGGAAACUGAAUGACCGAAUCUGUACAGAGAUGAUACACCGACGAUGGUAUUUAUUAAGUAAAUAAAGAUAAUUUUUUAAAUCGCUAAA